AUGGAUCCCACUGGCCCCUCUCAGCCACCAAAGGCAACUGCUUACGAGACGGAAGGCGUCGGAAUUGAUUCAACCCCCCAAGAGCUCCAUUCUGCUCGCAGCCAUACUCACGGAGCUGCUGUCGAGCAGCGCGUUCCAACAAGCCAGUCGUCGGGUAUCCACGAGGCAACGCCCACCAGUGUGACGCGCGGAAUUCGAGGCGCACCGCCCGGCGAGGAGCAGUACGGCAGGACGGAGGAGCAAGUCGGCCGCCACCGGGAGCUCGACGGCGAACAGAUGCGGGCGCCCGGAGAGGGCAAUGUUGCCGAUGUAGUAAGCAGGAAGCCUGGUGCGAGCGGUUCGGAGCCAGAUCUUGCUAGUGACUUGGAUCGGAAAAAGGCCGAACAGGCGGAACAGCGGGAGGCGAUCAAGUCGGCUAGGGAGCAAGGCACACUGUCUGGUGAUGUCGACCCCCGCGCGGGCGUGCAAACAUAA